UUAGAUUACACAUUAAAAAAGGGGGUAGCAUAUGGACAUAAUGUGAACUGUGACAAAUAAUAUAAAAUAGUUUUAAAAAAGUUAGGCAAAAUCACAUUUCUUUAAAAAAAAUCUCAUAGCGUAUUAUAUUAAUGAUACAUUUGUUAUUUUUCAUUAUUCAGAUGAACUGUUAAUUGGGAGCUUAGCUUGUUAAUGUGAAAUGUAACAAGUAAAAUAAUCCUUGUUUUAAUUAGUAGUUAUUUAACUUUAAAUAUUUAUUCUGGUAUUAACAAUGGUAGAUUCCUGCGAUGGUUAUGUGUUUUUGUUCCAUAUAAUAAUUCUUUGGGGAGAAAAUGUGGAUAAAGAAUAUUGUUGCUGCUGAAAAUACCCUUUGAUGACUUUAAAACAACUUUUCAGGUUAUUUUUGUUCAAUUAUAUGUAGGCUAGUCUUUCUAAUAAAAAAAUGUGGUAUUCUGCGCAAAAAAUAUUCUGCAACAUUUCAUUAUUUUGUUUAUUUGAAAUUGAAGGUAGCGUUCACAUCCAUGAAAUCUAGUUUUUCCAUGCCACAUUUACCUCUCCAACCUGAAUUCCUUUUUUAAAUCAUGGCAUUUACUUUUGCAAAUCAAAUUGAGUUUAUUUAUUUAUUUAAAGAGAGAUUGUUGGAUGAAGAGACAGGGUGACUUUUGAGUUUGUGCCAGAAAAAACGUAAUCAUUGGAGAAACCAGGCCAGUUGUCAUGGAGAUGGCUCAGUUGUUAUGGUGAGAGCACAAGUGUUGGAACCAAAUGGAAAUGUCAACAGGGAAGUAACUAAGGACAAGCAGGUAUCAUGGUUUUCAAAUAUAUAUGUUAAUAACCCAUAUUUUAGGGUGUUCAUCUCACUGAAGUAACAUGUGACUGCUCUGUUCGAUGUUUGAAGGUCCUUCGGGGUCAUGGACAAUCAAAACAAGGAUGGAGAUCUGCUGGACAACAGAGAGCCUAAUGAGCUAAAGAUUUCUGUGAAACUCCCCCUCUACCUGUGUCUACUAUUCUCUCAGAUGUCAGAGUUAUUAGCGGCUUUGGCUGAGAGGAGAUCUCCAUCUUUUGACCCCCGAAACAUCAGCACCUCCCUCUCCACCCUGACCAACACAGGGGCAGGCCCUUCUAAAACCAAUGGGACCUUUAGAUCCAGAGCCACCCUCCCUGAAAACAUCAGGCAGCUGUCGAGGCGGCAGUUUAAGAGGCGGGACUUCCUGAAAGUGAGUUUACCAAUCCCUCUUCCUGCGCCAAUCAGCACUGCAGUGGCCUCUUCUCAGGAUGAGCAUCUGCAGCCCAGCUUACCAUCCUCGACAUGUGUCUUUCCUGCUCACCUGGUAGAAAAGAGGCUGACCUCUGACUCUGUCGGCUCUAUUGGAGAGCGACUUGAAGAGCGAGAGAUGCAUCCACACAUCCUCGGGGGGCAGGCUCGGACCAGGAGGACACUGCCUGACCAGAAUGCCCAAUCCGGGCCGACCAGUGCAUGGUUCUUUGAGGACUUGAGAGACCUCCAGAGGAAGCUGUUUUCAGGUGCCUCAAAGAAGUCUGGAGUCGCAAGGAACUUUGCAGCAGCUGGGAAAAAGGCUUGCGACGACUAAUCCAAACCAACAGAAACGAUAAACUCAAACUGGAACCAGAAGAGAUAGUUUGUCUGUUGUUUUAACUUUUUUACAUAGCACUUACAAAGUCAAAACAUGUGUUACACAUGAUUACUUCUUAAGGAGACAUACGUUCAAAUAUUAGAAACACAGCAUGUAAAGAAUGAUCUAAGUCUAACGCAAAUCCAAACUAAAGGCACUGUCUAAAUUCGGUAUUUUGCAGAGAUGUAAAACAGAUUUCUUUUUAUUUGUGGUACAUCUUUUGUAACAUUCAGUUAACUUUUUUUUAGAUUUGUUAUUUUUUUACCAAAGGGAAAGAAUAGGUAGGAGCAAGUGUACUCAGAAGCCCUGGAUGGCAAUGCAGCUCUCAACACAUUUAACCUAAAUAUAUAUAUUUGUUCGUGCACAGACAGGUUCUCUAAAGUACAUGUUUUAUAUGUUUGAAGGCCAGAACUAUACAUCGAAAAAACAACAGACUGUAAACAUUUAAUUUAACACUUUUUAUCUCCACUUGUGUACCGCUGUGCAAUUGGCACUUGCUACUCUGCAGCAAAUCUCAUGAAGGAUGUAAUGAUAGCUAUAAAAACGGGUUGUUGUUGUUGUUGUUGUGGCGUCUGGCGGUCACCACAACCUCCAGCUGACUGAUUCACGUUCAUGUUGGUUUGCAGGUAAGUACCUGUUUUUAUGAUUUCCCUGUUUGAACCACUAUGGUUCAGUAUUGAUGAAAUGAAUUGCGAAGGUAAGGGAGCCUCUAGGCUGUACCUUUAGUAGAUUGACAUACGCACAUUUAAAGAGGAAGUGGAAGGCAAAGGAAAUAAUUAUUCAGACAGACUUUAACUGGAAAAGAGUUAAGGAUAAACUGGGGCUUUUGUGACAUCAAUGUUGAACAUUACACUAUUUUACUGUUCAGCUGCAGACACAUUGCAACUUCUGGAUGCUCAGAGGAUUCCAAUCUAGCUGCAGUCACUUUACAGGGCAUCGGGCCCUGGGCAAUUACAGCUAAUUAAGGAGGUUAGGUUUAAAAGCUACCUCAGUCGCUCUUUCUUUUGCUCUCACAAACACUCUCAGAGCAAAAUGUCCCCUGUCUCAUCCAAACAACCCCCCCCUCCCCAUAUAUGGUGGGGGGUUACAGUGCUUUCAUCUCAGACCUGCAGUGAACAGAAGAGCAGCGCAUCACUGACCAACGCGGGACAAAAGCUUUGUAUAGCAGAGAGAGGAGCACUGUGGAAGCAAACAGCACAGAUCUCCACCUGGCUGUGGUUUGUGAAGAUGACAUUGGGAGACUGUGAGUCUGUGUGCAACGAGUCUGCAGCUCUGGAGGGCCAGGGGCCCCCGGUGCUUGUGGACUCCUGGCUGGUCCCCACUUUCUUCAGCCUCAUCAUGCUGGUGGGCUUGGUCGGGAACUCGCUGGUCAUCCAUGUGGUCACCAAGCACCAGCAGAUGAAGACUGUCACCAACUUUUACAUAGUAAACCUAGCCACAAGCGAUAUCUUGUUUCUGGUGUGCUGCGUACCCUUCACUGCCACACUGUACCCACUGCCCAGCUGGAUCUUUGGAGAGUUUAUGUGCCGACUGGUAAACUACCUGCAGCAAGUGACUGCUCAGGCCACAUGUAUCACUCUGUCAGCCAUGAGUGUGGACCGCUGCUACGUGACCGUCUACCCUCUGCAGUCGCUGCAACACCGCACGCCUCGCAUGGCCCUCGCCAUCUCUGUGUCUAUCUGGAUAGGCUCUUUGCUUCUGUCGAUCCCUGUCGCUGUGUACCAGCGUUUGGAGGCAGGAUACUGGUUUGGCCCUCAGACGUACUGCAGUGAGGUCUUCCCCUCUGCUAGCCUCCAGAGAGCCUUCAUCAUCUACAGCUUCCUGGCCGUCUACCUUCUACCCUUGCUCACCAUCACCGCCUGUUACGCCUUCAUGCUAAAGCGCAUUGGGCAAGCCAGCGUGAAUCCCAUCGACAGCAGCUACCAACUCCAGGCUCAUGCAGAGCGAGCAGCAGCCGUACGGGCGCGCAUCUCCCGGAUGGUGGUGGUGAUGGUAGCUCUCUUCCUCAUCUGCUGGGGCCCCAUCCAGGUCUGCAUCCUCCUGCAAGCUUUUGGCCUCCGCAGUUAUCUUCUAUACAAGCUGAAGAUUUGGGGUCACUGCAUGUCUUACUCCAACUCCUCCGUCAACCCGCUCGUUUACGCCUUCAUGGGCAACAACUUCAGGAAGGCCUUCAAGCACGCCUUCCCCGCCGUAUUUCUGUGGCGCACAAGGGGGCAAGUCAAGGUGGGAAACAUGGACACAGAGGACGGGGGAGACAUGGGUCGCCAGGCACCCAAAGGAGGAGCAGAGCUGAACUUUCUUUCAUCUGUGUCCUAAAGGUCACACUGUGCCCUCAUUGUUUAUUUAUAGUUUGUUCUGGAGAUGAGAGCACCCUGGAUGUACACUGGUCAUCCUGACUCAAUAUGGGCUUCAUAUAGAAAAUACUAACAACAAAAGUAAGUAACAGGUUUAAACCAACACAUCCAAACCAUAAUAACUGCCAUGUGAUCUCUUCGUAGGAGCAGAGCAGUCAGGAGCCUAUUGUGACUUUCACAAGCUGCUGAAACACGUCACACGUUUCUAGUUUCCAAUUUAUUUUAUUGAAGGUCAACGUGUUUGUGCUCUGGCUUUAUUGUCUUUACAUUAUUUCAUGGAGAUAACUGUCCUUUAUGGACAGCAGCCUUGUUGAAUAUAAUGAUUUAGUAAUGUAUGAAGAAUCUGGGAUAAACACUAUGCUUUGCCUGCUCAAGUUCUGCUUGGUCCUUUUUGUUUCUUUAACUUGGUUUCACUGCACUACAGGGUAUAUUAGGUAUUAGGUAUAUAUUUGGGACCAUCAGUUGAGCUUUACCUUUCUAUCUGUAAGUACUUCAACAGGCUUUUAAGUAUGGAUAUAAACUGUUCAUAAAGUAAAUAAUAAAACAAUUAUAUUAUGA